UCUUAAGCAAAUUGGAAGCAAAGCAAUUGUUAAGAGCUUUUUGUGUGAGUUUUAGGGUUACUGUAAUUAUGGGAACCCUUAACAGCAACCCUUUGAUGUACAGCUGACAAAUUAGUAAACUGUACUAAUGUAGUUUUAAAACUUCCUUCCUACUUAAUAUUUGAUCUGUGGGACUACUUAGGGGUGUGGGGGGUAACUUGAACAUGUUUCAAGCUGAUAAGUUACUUAGACCUUACCCACCCCCUGUUGUACAGACAAGAUGCAGCAGGACUUUAUUUGUUUAGCUGUUGAGAGUGUACUGUAAAUGUUUGCUCUUUUAAUGUCUAAAUGGAUUCAGAGGAAUACGACAUUAUGGCCUUAAUUGCCAAAGUUAUUGCUGAAGCCUCAGACUCCGACAAUAACUGUGAGGUGUUGCUGGCUGGGAAAAAGUACCCAUCGAUCCAGGAAUUUGCUUCUGCCAUUCCCAACCAACUGCUGCUGGGAUCUCUCCUGGAACACUUGUGCUUUGUUUACGAGAGUGACCCUACACGCUCACACAUGCUGUUCAAGGUGAUAGGCCAGCGUUUAGCAGCCAUGAACCUCCUCUCUCCGCUGGCCAUCGGUGAUGAGUUUAGCACAGUUCGUCUGCAGCAUAACCGGGCAUUCACAGAGCUCCUGCACGCGACCAGCUCAUCACUUUUUCCGCAGGAUCAUAGAUACUUGAGUACAGAAGGCCAGACCCUAAGAACCAAAGAUGGUCUUUUCCAAGCCCAAACAUCCCGUUACCUUAGUGAAUUUGAAGAAAUCACAACGCUGGGUAAAGGAUCUUAUGGCAAAGUGUUUAAGGUUACAAACAAGCUGGAUGGUCAGGAAUACGCAGUGAAAAAAAUCCUCAUCAAGAAAGUAACAAGAGAUGACUGCAUGAAGGUUCUUAGAGAGGUGAAAGUGCUCUCCAGCCUUCAGCAUCAAAAUAUCGUUGGCUAUCACACAGCAUGGAUGGAGCACAUUCAGCCUGUUGUGAGAAAUCCCAAAUCUCUUGUUUCACAAACGUUUCCAGCCUUAGAGAAACCUUCGCAGAAAGAAGGUCUUACUUCCAGAUGCACACAGGAAAUCACUGAUGGCAGUAGUGGAUCGUCCAUUGUUUUUGAACAUUCUGACCAACAAAAAGACAAAGAAAAUCAAGUUAUAUUAGAAAGCAUCUCAGUGAAACCCUCAACAUCAAAAGAGGAGAUGGGUCAUGCUGUGUGUCCAAAAAAUAUCCGUAGCCCACAGAAUUUUGUUCCAUGUGUGUUCCUGGGAAAGCCUCGCACCACGGUGAACAAAUGCCCGGCAGCUAAGUGGGACAGCUCAACUCUCUCAGAGGAUGACCUUAGUCAAAACAGACUGGAAUUAAACAAUAACUCUUACUUAGAAAUGGACAGUCCUGAAUGGUCCAAAAAGCAGGCACAUGAGGUUCAGUUCCACUUAAUGCUUUAUAUACAAAUGCAGCUGUGUGAGCGAUCCCUGAAAGACUGGAUUCAGGAGAGGAACUCAAGAAUCAUGGAAGAACUGUCAGUAUCUGUAGAUCCUUGUGACUCAGUUGAGUGUGAACAAGUAUUGAAAAUUUUAAAGAAAAUACUUGAAGGAGUGGAAUACAUUCAUUCCCGUGGAAUCAUGCACAGAGACCUAAAGCCUAGAAACAUUUUCCUUCAUGGACCUGAAUGCCAUGUGAAGAUAGGGGACUUCGGAUUGGCGUGCAAAAACAUUGUAAUGGACGAGCACGAGCAGCUGCCCUCCAACUCUCAAACAGACUCAACUCACACCAGUGGAGUGGGAACAUUUGUUUACGCUGCACCUGAACAACUUAAGGGUUCUCGCUAUGAUUCAAAGUCAGAUAUGUAUAGUAUAGGAGUGAUUGCUUUUGAGUUAUUCCAGCCAUUUGGGACUGAAAUGGAGCGUGUACACACACUUGAAGAACUGAGAAAAGGCCAAGUCCCUAAUACGCUAUCCAAAAACGGGCCAGUUUUAACCAAGUAUAUCAGACUGCUGACCAGCUCUGAUCCUUCUAUGCGACCAAGUGCAUCUCAGUUACUACAGAGUGACAUCUUUAGCACCAAUGACAUGGUUAUCCACAGUUUAAAGUGCAAGAUUGAGGAGCAAGAAGAAGAAAUUUUUCAGCUCAGGAGAAAGAUCAGUGAGCUACAGAUCUCUCAAAAUGCAAUACACAAUCCAGAAAAGACAUAAAACUGGCUCUUUUGUACCCUCAUUAAUACUUGUACAUUAUGGGAAUUGUUUGUAAAUGGUUGUAUGUGUGAAUGCAGCUCUGCUUGUAUCUAUAUAAAUGAGUGCCAUAUUUAAUUUGAUGAACCAU